GCCCAGCCUCAUGGCAGGGGCGACGUGAGCCACACAUGUGGUGGAGUCCCAAGUAGGGGGAAAAUCAAGGAGGCUUGCGAGAAGGGAUGCAGUUUCAACAAAGUCAGGUCUGUGUGAGAAUUUGCCAGGUGGAUUCCAGCGAGGGCAGUGAGGUUCCCAGAAGCACAAAUGGCCUAUGCAGAAGUACUGGAGAGCCUGCGGUGUUGAGAUGUGGAGGCAGCAAAACUUAAAAGGUCAUAUCCUUAACGACACCGUAAAUUCGAGGGCAGCCUGGACUACAUGAGACCCUCAAAAAUAAAAAAUUGGGGGUCUGGAGUAGUGACACUCAGGUAAAAGCAGGCAGAGUUCUUUGAGCUUGAAGGAAGACCUUGUGUUGAAAAUAAAAACAAAAACGCUAGACUGUGAACUGAAAGACCUGGAGAUUGAAACAGAAAACGGAAGAUAAGGCUGGAUGGCCUUGGGCAGCUAGGAGCUGAGGCAGCAUGCAUCUGCCCAUGGAUGAAUGGGAAUCCUACCUACUCAACAAGUGGGCUCUGCUCCCGAAGUCCACGCAGCUCACAAUUUCCACAGCCGAGACUCUGAGCGACAUAUUUCUUCAUUCCUCUUCCCAUCUUCAGCCUAAGGAUGAGAUGUUUCUAAAGCAACUUUCCAGCGGCUACGUGGUGGAAAAGGACCAUGAUGCUCCCCUUUUCUACAGAGAAGAAGGAAACAAAAAAUUUCAGGAGAAGGACUAUACAGGCGCUGCAGUGCUGUAUUCUAAGGGAGUGUCACAUUCGAGGCCUAACACCGAAGAUAUUUCACUGUGCUAUGCCAAUCGCUCUGCAGCCCUCUUCCGUCUGGGUCAGUAUGAAGCAUGUCUUAAAGACAUAGUGAGAGCAGGCGUGCAUGGGCUCCCUGAAAGACUGCAACCCAAGAUGAUGUUACGUAAGGCAGAAUGCCUAGUGAACCUGGGGAGACCACAGGAGGCAAGACAAGCCAUCAGUGAUCUUGAAAGCAACCUCGCCGCCAAGCCAAGCCUGGGACUCUCCUCCCAUAAGAUCCUGCAGAGGAACCUCGAACAUCUGAAAAUGAAGAUACAAGAGAAGGAGAAUCUCCCAGAAGCCUUCCCUGCAGCCCUCACCAAAGCCUUUGAGGAGAUGGCCCUGGAGGAGGAGAACAAACAGAUUUCUGGGGCAUCGCUCUCUGUCGGCUUAUGCACAGACCCUUUGAAAGGCCGCCAUCUAGUUGCCACAAAAGACAUUCUCCCAGGGGAACUCCUGCUGAAGGAAGAUGCUUUUGUAAGUGUCCUUAUCCCAGGAGAAAUGCCACCAUUGCGUCAUGGCCCACAAAACAAGUGGGAUACCGGAGUUAGCAGUGGCGACCUCUGUUGUCACCGCUGUCUGAAGCACACUUUGGCCACAGUGCCCUGUGGAGGCUGCAGCUAUGCCAGGUAUUGCAGCCAGGAAUGUAUGCAGCAGGCGUGGGAGCACUACCACAGCACAGAGUGUUCUCUAGGGGCGCUGCUCCUCACACUUGGGGUCUUCUGCCAUGUUGCCCUGAGGGUGACUCUUCUAGCCAGAUUUGAAGAGGUUGACAGAGUUGUCAGGAUGCUUUAUGACGAGACUAGCAACAAAGACAUCUGUUCACCUGAAAACAGGAACCUGGUCCAGACAGUUAACUACACAAACCAUGGGGAGAGUGAAGAGAAUGCCAAAACAGGUGAAACCCCAAUUCCCGGCUGUAAUGUCAGUGGGAAGUAUGAAAGCAAUUAUAAUGCUGUCUUCAACCUUCUGCCCCAUACUGAAAAACACAGCCCGGAACGCAAAUUCAUGUGCGCCGUCAGUGUCGCUGCGCUGUGCAGGCAGCUCAGAGCGCAAACCCGGGGCUUCAAGUCCUCCAAGCCGAAAGCAGUGACUCCGGGCUUGUGUGCAGAUUUGACUGUUUGGGGAGUAGCCAUGCUGCGACACAUGCUGCAGCUGCAGUGUAAUGCCCAGGCGAUAACCUCCCUGUGGCACACAGAGUCUAACGAGAGCGUCAUUACCGACAGCAGGCAGGUACGCCUUGCCACGGGCAUCUUCCCUGUUGUCAGCCUCCUGAACCACUCCUGCAGCCCCAACACAAGUAUGUCCUUCACCGGCACCGCUGCCACCGUUCGGGCAGCACGGCAGAUCAGAAAGGGAGAAGAGAUUCUGCACUGCUAUGGACCUCACGAGAGCCGCAUGGGUGUUGCUGAGAGGCAGCAGAAGCUGAGUUCUCAGUACUUCUUUGACUGCAGCUGUCCAGCCUGUCAGGCUGAGACUCUGGAAGCAGCCGCAGCCCGCAGGUGGGAAGCCUUCUGCUGUAACACUUGCAGGGCGCUCAUGCAGGGAAAUGAUGUGUUGAGCUGUAGCAGCAAAUCUUGCACAGACUCCGUCAGCAGGGACCGCCUGAUCUCUCGCCUGCAGGACCUUCAGCAGCAGGUUUGUGUGGCCCAGAAGCUUCUCAGAACUGGCAAACCAGAGCAAGCCAUUCAACAGUUGUUGGGAUGCCGAGAGGCGGCUGAGAGCUUCUUGUCAGCAGAGCACACUGUGCUGGGGGAAAUUGAAGACAGCCUGGCCCAGGCCUAUGCUACCUUAGGAGACUGGCGGAAGUCUGCAGCACAUGCACAGAAGAGUCUGCGGGUGGCUGAAGCCCGCCAUGGGCCGGCUAGUGUGGAAAUCGGCCACGAGCUCUUCAAACUGGCCCAAGUCCUGUUCAAUGGGUUGGCAGUGCCUGAAGCGCUGAAUGCCAUAUGGAAGGCAGAGAAGAUCCUGUUGGUGCACUGUGGCCCUGAGAGUGAUGAGGUCCAGGAGCUCCGCCAGAUGAAGUCCUGCUUAUUGGACUUGUCAUUCAUCCCUGUGGGGCCCUUGGUGUAGAGUAUACAUUCUUGCCCUCAGGAAAGGAGCUCGGGUGGAUGGGUGAAAGAGGCUAUAUGGGUUUGGGGCUGUCAUCAGAAAGGGUAGGGCCGACCUAACUGCCCUAAGCCUCAAGUCUGGUGCACGGAGCACUGGGAAAGCAGUGGUUGAGAGACAUUCGCCUGCCUGCUAACUGCUGCUUGCAGGAGUUAGCUGCCCUCUAACAGAAACCCUGACCCCAGAGAAGACUUACAGCCAGGGUCUGGAGAGGCCGACCUGCAUGCUGCCAAGGGUCGCAGCUCAUCUGCGGGCAGCUGAGACUAGCCUCAGGUUUGGCUCAAUUUCAUUUCACUAACCGAUGAGUCUGUUUCCCUGUGACAUUCCUGGUUCCCUGUAGGAGCGAAGCGCUGGGUGCCACUCAGUGGAAACUCAAUGCGUAGUGUGUAUGUAAUUGAAAAAUAGUAGACAGCCAGAAAUCAGCAUGACUCUUCCCCCCAAGAGACACUCAGUUCCACUUACAAUAUCCUGCUUCUUAAAAUCCUUCAUUAAAACUGGUGGUGUAGGGCUGGAGAGAUGGCUCAGCAGUUAAGAGCACUGACUGCUCUUCCAAAAGGUCCUGAGUUCAAUUCCCAGCAACCACAUGGUGGCUCACAACCAUCUGCAAUGGAAUCUGAUUUCCUCUUCUGGUGUGCAUGAAAACAGAGUGUUCAUACACAUAAAAUAAAUAAAUAAGUCUUUAUUUAAAGAAAAAAAAAUGGUGGUGUA